CUGUCAUCAUCGUGCGCAUAAACUAGUGUUUCUCUUUGUAAAGAUAUAAUUGUUGAGUUUCUUUUCAAUGUAAAUCCAUUUUAUCCAUAUAUAUUGAGACAAUAUAAAGUUAAAAUUUACAUGAAUUGAUGUAAAUAUUAAUCUAGUUGAGCUGAGAAUGAAGAAAUUUAAAUGAAUUUUUCAUAUAUUGACCUCUACGUAGCAAUAGUCAUUAGAUCAACUAAUGCUUCUACAAAAAACUGUUUCUAGGUGAUGCGCGUGGCGCGCUGCGUCAGAUAAUCUUGUGUAUCAGUGACCGUCAGUCAAUUAUGGAGGCAAUAUUAUAUGGAAAAAGACCUUACCACAAUUUUGUGUGUAACAUAAGUUAGUAUAAUUAAAUUUAAGUAAAAGUGCGUGAGAUUAAGAGUAAACAUUCAACAGUGCAGAAAUAAAUUGAUUUUUUUCUUUGUGAUUAAUCUAUGAAAUAUUUUUUAUGUGAAUAAAACGACAUUUAAUAGUUGUUAUUUGUUAAAUGAAAAUGAUUAAGUGAAGUAUAUGUCAAUGCAUACAAAACAGAAGAGGUCAUGUUUAUACCGUACAAUAGGAAGUAGUAAAAAAAAAAUUAGCAAAUGCGAACAUCCUAGACCUGUGACAAACGUGUAAGCUCACGAAAAAUAAACAGAACGGAAAGGAGUGGGAAAAAACGAGAGAAAAAAUUUAAAAGCAUUAGAGAUUAAAAAAAUGAUGAAAUAACGAUACAAAAGUAGAAGUGGGUAAUGAAAAAAGUGAUUGAGAAAUAAAGAUUAGUGGUACUUGUGGACAACUAAUAAUAAUCAAUAAUAUAAAGAAUUAAAAAAUAAAAGUGUUGUGCGUGUAAAAGUGUUGAAAACUUGUGCUGUGGUUCAGCCAUCAUGGCGAAUCCACGGAAAUUCAGUGAAAAGAUUGCUCUUCUAAAUCAAAAGCAAGCAGAAGAGACAGCAGCAUUUGAAGCAAUAAUGCGAGAGGUUUCCGACGUUACUAGCAGAGUUGCAUCAGCAAGCAGUUCAGUAGGUGCAAGUCCUACUGGAACAAGUGGUGUACAAGAGACUCCGUUAAUAGUGCAGAGUGCUGGUGCUAGUCCUUCCCAAUCCAGUGGCAACAAGCAUCUUCAUAUUAAUUUGGGCAAUCAGUUCAGAGCCGGUGGGUCUUUGCCCAAUGUAAACAACAACGUCACAACUCGACAAGCAACAAAAGAUUCUUCUCCGAAUUCUACCGCUAUUUGUCCAAUUGAUUUUAAGACAGCGCUAAGUAACUUAGAAGAAAUACAAAACAACCAAUUCAUAUACCGGAAUGAAAAAAGUAAAAAUCCAGGUGUGGGUCCAAUGCGAUCGCGACCGAUGGAGCGAAGGUACGAUACAUCACCUUACAGUGGGACGUACCUGUCACCACCUUUACCUGACACAUGGCGGAGAGCCAAUUCAGAUUCAGCAUUACAUCAAAGCGCUAACGAAGCGUGUCAAUCAACUUCUACAAUUUCACAUCGCCGAGAUCAUCAUGGAAUAAGUAAUGCUGGAGACAACAGAGAUGGACAUCAUGUUUUUCUAGAACGGCCACGAUCGUCUUGUGAAAUGCAACGAGUACCAGGCAUUCACAUUCAUCCAAGUUCUCAGCCACCUGGGCCCCAAACACCGAUUGGAAAUAAUACUGGAUCAUUACCCGAUUUAAGUAAUGUUCAUUACUCAUCACCACUCCCUGUUCCUUUAGAUCACGAAGAUCAUUCAAGUAGUACGCAGUACACCAAUAGUCCUCAAACGGGCAGUCCUACCACCUUAUCGCUGAUCAGCUUGGCGCAAGCUGGACGAUUAUCCAUACCACAGGAACACAGCCCAUCAGAAACCCAAAAUCAUUUAUCAGUGCCUGUUAACUCUAGAUUACUGCAUACAUGUAAGGGGGUGACGUUGGAAAACAGUACAAACAUCUCUCAAAAGGAUUUACAGCCAUAUGCACAACAAACGAGCCAACAAUCGUCUUCGACAACUCACAGUCCAGGUCAUCAUUACAUUUAUCGACAACCACAUAGUCCUGUACCGUCAUCUCACAGUCCUGAAGCCUUACAUCUACAACUUCUACAAAAAAAGCAACCUAAGUCAUUAGGAUCUUACCGAACUUCACAACUAAUAAAUAGGCCAUCACCACAAUCAUCACCAAAUAUAGCUUUUCAAGGUAGUCCGUUGAGUUAUAGCAAUAAUCCGUCAGCACCGCCAAGUCCUACGAAUCACUUAGGAUCAACGAAUCUCACACACGAUAACAUAGAUCAAAAUAGUUAUUUCAUCAAUCAAGCACAAGCAGCGGCUUUACAACAAACAUUUGAACAAUUUAAUAUGGGAGCGGAAGUGGACUGGGUACAAGUGGUGCAACAACUUGUGGAAUCUGGUUGGACCACUCAGAUGGAUUCUGUAGACCCUAACACCAUUGGAUCUUUUAUUGCAUCUUCAAAUAAUACAUCUGAUUACUCUACCAAUGAUAUGAUUAAUGUCGGUGGUGAAUUUGGAAGUAGUGAAACAAACUAUUACAGCACAAGUCCUCAAAUGGCGUAUCAACCAAGAACCCCGACAACAACGCAACAGCUCACACCACAAACACCUAAUACACCGACAAUAAUACUAACUGAUUUUUCAGGCACUGAUGACUUGACAAGUACAGAAUAUACGAAGGAUCUUGGCUCAACAAUAUCUAGUGACUUUGAUCCAGACUUGUUCACCUCAGAUGAUGCCUUAAGACAAGGUUUAGGACCUAUUGAUUUAGAUGGACUGCAAAUGCUCACUGAUCCUGAUAUGGUGAUAUCUGACGCUAAUGCCGAAGAUCAUUUUAGAUUAGAUCGUCUUUAAGAAUAAAACAAGAAGUAACUAAAAAGAAAGUGACAGAUACUCUGACUGCAAAUAAUGUCCCGAGUUUUCGAAAUUUAAUAGUAAAGUUAUUCAAAAUAUUUUGAUAUUUUAAUUCAAUAGUCAAGUUACUGUGACUUGGAAUAUUAAUUUGCAAAUAAUUUUUUUAUAACCUUAAAAUUUUAUGAUAAUAUUAACCCUCAGUUAGAUGUGUAAUCUGUUGCAACUUCAUUAACUGUGUGAUGUUUGUAAUAUAUUAUUUUAACACACUACUUUUGCAUCAGCAACAUGUCAAACCCCACUCCUAACUGAUGAUUAAUAAAAAAGAAUGUAAAUGUUUUGGUGAGACUAGAAAAAAAAAUGUAAGAAUGCGUAGAAAUGCAAUACAUAAAAUAAUACGUUAGUUAAGGGAUGAAUAGGUACUGACAUUUUUGAAGCAAAGAAAAAAAAAAUUCAUGCUAGGUUCCAACGUAAGUCCAACGUUUAAUUUACUCUUUUUUUUAAGAAUGAUAGACAUAUAGCGCUGUUUAAUAACCUUGCUUUAAUUUUUUUUUAAAGUUGAAAAAUUCACCUUAGAUGCUGAAUUCAAUUCGAUCUUAAUAAUUGUAACUUUUUCACUGUGAAUUUUUCGGAAUAAAAUUUUUUAGAUACAACUAUAUUAUUAGAGGAAUGUUUCUUUUAUAUUCUACAGUAAAAAAUAUACAUGAACGAAAUUAAUCACUACAAAAAUUUUUUUUAAAAAAUCAAAAAUUUGUUUGCGUAGCGUAAAUGGCAUACAUUACAUUUUUUGAAAAUAUAAAAAUGAUA